AUGGCUGCUUUUCGCCACAUUCUUGUUGCAUUUUGUCAGGCACUUAUCAUCGCUGAGGUGAUCCUGGGGCAAAGUGAUAGGGAGGUGCUCCGCGAACUGAAGAGCUUCCUGCAGGCGCAAAACCCGAUCAACCGUGGCGCCUAUGACACUUGGUCGGAGGCCGAGGUCUCGCCGUGCUGUCUCCAAGGGGUUGGGUGUGACGCGGCCGGCCGUGUCAGUUAUCUCGACCUCUCGAGUUCUAGCAUCACCAGUCCGUCCUUCGGUAAGUUUUCAUGUCUCACCCGGCUCACGCACCUCGAUCUCUCAGCAAACAGUAUUACUGGCCAAUUGCAUCCAGAUCUCAAGCAUUGUCGGGGUCUCCAGUACCUCAACUUAUCAAGCAACCUCAUCGGUGGCGCCCUUGAUGUGUCCACCCUGACCAACCUACGCAUACUGGAUCUAUCCCAUAAUCGGUUCCAGGGCGACAUUAGGACAAACUUCCCGUCCAUCUACCACAACCUCAGUGUUAUUGCUGUCUCUGGCAACAACCUUACAGGCAGGAUAAGUGGGCUAUUCAGUGGCUGCUCCAAGCUCAGUGAUGUUGAUCUGAGCUGGAACCAAUUCACCGGAAAAGCUGUAUGGAAAGGGAUUGAAAGGCUUACACGGUUCACAGCCGCAGCAAACAACCUCACAGGGAGCAUUCCUUCGAGCACGUUUCCUAAGGGGUGCAAGCUGCAAUCUGUGGAUAUCUCCAGCAACCAGCUGUCUGGCAGUUUCCCAAAUUCAAUUGCCAAUUGCUCAAGCUUGAAAGCCAUGUCCCUGUGGAACAAUAGCUUUGGUGGAUCUAUACCACCAGGAAUUGGCUCGAUUGCGGGACUCGAAGAGCUGGGUCUCUCGAGCAACCAGUUCCAUCACAGGAUACCACUUGAGCUGAUGAAUUGCACCAACCUAAAAUUUCUGGAGAUCAGUCAGAAUACCUUUGGAGGGGAGGUGCAACAGGUCCUUGGAAAAUCAACUAGCCUGAAGAGCCUUGUGCUUCAAGGGAAUAAUUAUAGUGGGGGCACUAUCUCCUCUGGCAUUCUACAGUUGCCAAAUCUCAUCUAUCUUGACCUCAACUUUAACAAAUUCUCCGGCAAGCUGCCUAGCAAAAUCGCUAGCAUGACAAGCAUCGAAUCCCUCGAGCUUGCAAAUAAUAACUUCUCUGGUAAAAUCCCAACAUCAUAUGGUCGGCUUCUGAGGCUCCAAGCAUUGGGCUUGUUGUACAAGAACCUCUCCGGCGAGAUCCCAUGA